UAUAUCGAUGGCCACGCGUGCAAUGAGAAGACUCGUGGAAACCUAAUCAGCCACCGGCGGCACCGUCUUCCUCUCCAUCGGCGAAUGGCGGCGGCAGCAAUGUCUUCCUCAGCGGGCUCAUCGUUGGUGGGCUAACGUGAGUGGUAGACGAAUGUCCUCUGAUCAGAUGAUUAGUUGAAUGUUUUCAACUUCCUUUUGGUUGGAAGCAGAUACAGAAAAUAUAUUAGUUUGGGUGCCCCUGAUUUGAGGUAGAAGAGGAAGCUGAACAUAGAGCAGGCAGCAAUAAGACUACUUUUCUUGUAUUUUUCUGCAAACAGUACGUGAUACUGCUUCAAAAGAUCAUGUUUUUGGUGCAAAAGAGGCUCUUUCGCUGUCUCCCAAGUAACAAGUCCACUAUCCAUCUUUCCUCCCAUCAACUUUGCAGUCUGUUUAACUUCUCCACUGCUAAAGACCAAAGUUCAGAGCAUAGUUCCAACUUUAUUGUGGUCGACUCCCUUCAUUCAUGUGAACUUUCCUCAGAGAAGGCUGCAAAAAACUCCAAGUAUCACACCUGUCACAAAAAUUCUUCGAGUCUUACCAUUGAGUUCUUUAAGCAGAGCGGUUGGAGUGAUGCACAAGUCAUGAAACUUAUCCAGAAGUCACCGCGGUUGCUGCGUACUAAGGUAGAAACUGUCCUGAAGCCCAGAAUGAGAUCUUUGAAGGACAUGGGAUUUUCUGACACUGAAAUAGUUCAGCUAGUUUCAUCAUGUCCAUCUGUACUAAUACGCGAUAUCCAACCGAAGAUCAACUUCUGGAGGUCACUACUUGGUUCUAAUGAGAGGUUACUGAAAGCCUCUAGGAGGAACAUGUUUCUACUUACUUCUAGCUUGGCUCGGAAGAUAGAACCUAAUAUAUCUCUCUUAAGGGAAUGUGGCAUCAGUGACAAACGCAUCGCGUAUAUGGUGGUGACAAAGCCGACCAUUAUUGGUCGAUCAAACAAAUAUAUAAAGGAAGCUAUCAAAUAUGUUGAGGAGUUGGGUGUGCCAUGUAACUGUAGAAUGUUCCCUUAUGCACUUAGUAUAGUCACUGGCAUGAGCCGAUCCAGGUUUGAUGAUACCUUUGCAACCCUGAUGAACUUUGGGUUAUCCCGGCAAGACGUCAUUGCUGUAUUCAGGAAGCAUCCAACCAUUUGGGUUUUGUCAAAGAAGAACAUAUGUGACAAGAUGACUUUCCUGAUGAAGGAAGCUGGUUGUGAGCUGACAUAUAUCGUUUCCCAUCCUGUGUUUCUUGCAUGCAGCUUGGAGAAGAGGUUGAAACCUCGAUAUGAAAUUCUGAAUUUUCUUGAGCAGAAUAAAUUGCUGGAUAAAGUAUAUGGCCUGCUGUCCCUGAUAACGUUAUCUGAAAAGAAGUUCCGUAAGAAAUUUCUUUUCCUGCUUCGUGAGGAGAAAUCUAUUGCUCUGUAUGAUUCCUAUUUGAAAUCUGUUGCUCUAUAGGAUUCCUAUGUUGCUGCUGGGCAUGGAAAGCACCAUGUUGUUUGGGAAAAUUAGGAUUGCAUGUGCUCCCUCAGACAAAGUGUGAACUUAUUGCACACUUAUUUAAUCAUGUUAAAUUUGUGACAAUUUAAAUUCUCCAAGGAGCUUCUUUUUCUUU